AAUCGAUCGGAACCAAUUCAGAAUGAUUGAACUUCAACUAUUGCAGACUGGUAAAGGAGGAAAUCCGGAAUCGGUCAAAGCUUCACAACGUAAACGUGGUGGUGAGAAGGCAGCUGAAUUAGUAGAUGAAGUUUUAAACCUUUACAAGAAUUGGACCAAAGUCGGAUUCCAGUUGCGCGAAAUAAGGACAGAAGCCAAUUCGAUCAAGAAGAAAAUUGGUGAAGCAAAGAAGGCCAAAACCGAACCGGGUCCAGAACUAUGGGAAGCCAAAGAAAAAUUAGAUAAUGAAAUCAAACGUCUUGAAAAAGAAGAAUCAGAUGCUGAAGUCACAUUGAAAGCUCGUGCUGGAAAUAUUGGAAAUAUUGUUCAUGAGAGUGUACCAGUGAGCAUGUCAGAGGAUGAUAACACGAUUAUUAGAACUUGGACACCUACUCCUAACUCACCACCUACCAAAGAUCCAGCUUUGCUUUCUCAUGAUGUAGUGAUGAACCGAUUGAAUAUGAUUGACCAAGAACGUGGAAUCAAGGUUGCUGGUCAUCGUGGAUUCUUUCUUGUGGAAGAUGGUGUUGAUUUGAAUCAAGCGAUGAUUAACUAUGGACUUGAUUUUUUGAGACAACGAAAAUAUAAAAAGAUGAUGACACCAUUCAUGAUGCGUAAAUCAAUGAUGGCUAAGACUGCUCAGCUAGAAGAAUUUGAUGAAGCACUUUAUGGGCUGACAGGAGAUGGUGGAGAGGACGAUAAAUACUUGAUCGCAACCUCUGAACAACCCUUGUCAGCGUUACAUGCCGAUGAAUGGUUUGAAAAUCCUAAAGAACAGCUACCAUUGAGAUAUGCGGGCUAUUCUACCUGUUUCCGGAAAGAGGCUGGUUCGCAUGGUCGAGAUACCUGGGGAAUCUUUCGUGUACAUCAAUUUGAAAAGAUUGAACAAUUUUGUGUGACAGAUCCAUCCAGUUCAUGGGAGAUGUUUGAAGAAAUGGUAGCCAGUUCAGAAGCUUUUUAUCAAUCUCUUGGUUUAAGUUAUAGAGUGGUAGGUAUUGUAAGUGGAGCAUUAAACAAUGCUGCUGCUAAGAAGAUCGACCUUGAAGCUUGGUUUCCUUCCAUGGGUGAAUACAAAGAGCUAGUCUCAGUUAGCAAUUGUACCGAUUAUCAAUCUCGAAGCUUGGAAGUAAGAUGUGGGAUCAAGAAACAAGGUGAUACACAAAAAGUCUACGUACACAUGCUCAAUGGAACACUUUGUGCGACAGAACGUGCAUUGUGCUGUUUGGUAGAAAACUAUCAAACACCUGAAGGAAUGAAUAUACCCGAAGUCUUACAGCCAUAUAUGCGGAAUCGCACCUUUUUACCCUUUGUUAAAGAAGCUCCCAAGAAAAAGAAGUGAAAAGACGUUGAAAGGCUUUGCCGUAAAUAUGAAAUAGUGUAAUGAAAGUUACUUGAUGGUAUCGUGGAUGAACAAGUCGCAUCAGUAGGCUGGAGUUCCAAUUUUGUGCUACUUGAGACUUUCUGUCAUUUACAAUCUAUCUACUGGCCACAGCAGUAAAGUAAGGAGACAGUUAACAGGAUAAUGAAGCUCAUGUUGAGUUUAUAGCAAAACGACAAAACUUUGAUGCUAAUAUUCUUGUCAGUUAUAAUAAAAUUUGAGAUAUUGUGAUGGGUCCAAAAUACACAGUGCAAAUGCUGAAUAAAUC